ACUCAGUAACACAUACAUAGGUUUCGUCAAGAAAAUAAUUCUUUUACUUUUAUUAAUUUGGACACUUUACAAUGCUUAGUGAUAGUGAGGGGCUACAAGAUGCAGUAUUACCAGUGGCAGGUGAUGAUGAAGAGUUUGACUUGGAUAUUCCCCCAACGUCUGGCAUGGAAUACUUACGAAGAGUGCAAAAUGAAGCUAAACAGUGCCAGACUAUUGUUGUUGCUGAUGUAGAUGCAGAAAAACUUAGGAAACAAACAGUCAAAGUUUACCAGUCCAGAGUCCUUCCCCCACCUAGUGGCUAUGCCCCCUCCCUACAGUGGCAGCUCCAUCAAGUAGCAGACUUUGCACAUGUCAGACAGAAACUUGCACGAUAUAAAGCUACAAUGAAGAAAAAUAAGAUAAAACAGGCACCAACUCUGCCUGCAGAUGAUGAUGUUGAAGGGUGGUGUAAGUUGUGCUUUGGUAGAUUGAAACCUCCUUCAAUGUGUGAGACAAGGAAUCAGGAAGAUGAAACAUGGGAACGGACAGCUCCCCUACUCAGUAUCAUGUGUGCUAUGAAUCAGACAACAGUCCUGGAUGUUCUGGAGUACCAUGUCAAUUGGUUUGAGGCAACAGGAUUUACACCAGAACAGGGUCAGUGGUUCUAUGCAUUAUUGUGUUGCCUGGAGAAACCUCUGAUACCAGAGGCUUGCAGUUUGAUUCGUGAACUAGCCAGAAACUCAGCCAAUCUUAGAGCAUCUUUGGAAAAUAGUGUAGAUGCAAGAUUGAUACCGCUGAAUCUAAUUAUUUGCCUUGUAUCUCGAUACUUCAACCAAAUGGACUUGGCGGAUGAUGGAUAAUUGUAAAACACAAUGUAAAAUAGUGACAACAAUGUAUGAUAGUGACAACAAUGUAUGAUAGUGACAACAAUGUAUGAUAGUUACAACAAUGUAUGAUAGUUACAACAAUGGACACAUUAUCAUGGAUAUUACUGACAUUUUGUCCUGCCAAGU